AUGCCUCUCGACGAAACCGUCAAGAAAAUCGACGUCGAAAUCAUGGGAUACACAAUAGAAGACCGGCUUAUUACAUCGAGCCGUGAUGGGCUCAAGAUUGCAAUCUCCAUAUACCAACCGGAUGGAUCGAAACGGCCAAUGCCUACUAUCGUCAUGGGACACGGUAUUGAAGCUAUCAAGGCGGCCGGAUUGUCACCAUUCGCGGGCGAGUUUACCUCGGAGGGCUAUGCAGCCGUCACAUUCGACUACAUCAGCUUCGGCGAAAGCGAAGGCUCUCCGCGCAACGUCUUCAACGUGACGCACCAGCUACAAGACUUCCAAGACGUCAUAAAAUGGGUACGUGAGCCCGAGCAGAGCAGCUGGGUCGACUCAUCUCGCGUCGUCGCGUGGGGGAGCAGUUUCGGCGGCAUGCACGUCACGGCUCUCAUGGCAGAGGACCACGACCUGGCGGCGGGUAUCGCGCAGUGUCCGCUCGUCGAUGGACUUGCCGGUGUGCUGCAGAUGCCUUUGGUCCGGUCUCUGAGGCUGGCAGCCGUGGCCACAGCCGACAUUGUCGGGUCGUACUUAUGGGGUGCCAAAGAACCGCGCUAUGUCAACUUGGUUAGCGACGGCUCAACCCCGGCAGUGAUGGCUUCGCAGGAGGCAGCAGAGGGCUGGGUUCGCUUGGCACCCGACAAUGGUGAAGAUUUGCCCACCGUUAUUGCCGGGCGGUCUCUCUUGAGCAUCAUGUUGUCUCGGCCGUUGCUGCAAAUUCAGAAGAGCACUCGCCCAUACCUAGUUGUUCUGCCAACAUGGGACCACGAAGUAUCGCUGGAUGCUGCAGAAGAGUGCGUGAGACGGGCACCUUUAGGAGAGGCCUUGAGGGUAGGAGGGGGCCACUUUGACCUGUACAAGGGUGGUGUUGCGUAUGAAAAGAACAUUGCAGGCCAGAAGCAGUUUUUGAGACGCGUUCUUGGCACUUUGGCUGACUACUGA